AUGGCAUCUCCUCAAUCAUCACCAAGAUCAUCUACAAGCUCCAAAAAUGCAAAAUCAGUGAAGCUCAUUAUGAAAUCGUUCUCAAACCCAAUUGCAGACAAACUUGAUGAAGACAGCUUUCUUCCUUGGGAGCAAUUGGCUCUUGCUUCCAUCCAUGGCCACAACCUGCAGGAUCAUCUGAGUGAAGAAAAGAUCCCUACCCGUUUCUCUACCCAAGAAGAUAAAGAUCGUGAAAAAGAAUCAGAAGGUUAUGCAACCUGCCAUCAGCAAGAUCAUCUUCUUGUGUCCUGGCUGCUCUCUUCCAUGAACAUAUCCUUCAAAAACAGAAUGGUAGGAUGCAAAUUUGCUCAUGAAAUCUGGACAAGGCUGCAAGUAUACUUUGCUUCUCAUACACAGGCAAAGGUCAAACAAUUGAAAAACCAGUUGAAAAACAUCAAGAAAAAGGGACCAGCAUCAGACUACCUCCUUCAAAUCAAGAAGAUCAUUGAUUCUUUGGGUGCUGUUGGCUCCCCAUUAACUGAUGCAGAAUAUUCAGAAGCUAUUCUUGAUGGCUUGAGUGAAGAGUACACUCGUUUAAUCACCUUUGCAAUGUCAAGAUCCCCACCCUUUUCCAUAAUUUAG